AUGUCUGAUUCUCACUCAAAGGAGCCAUCAGCUAUUAGGCACAUAAUAGAUGAGCUCAACGCAACGCUGGAAGCUGAAGUGCUGAAUCCGUUGGUCAAUGAACAACUAGAAAAAUGUCUACUUAAUUUGAGUUCAAUCAAUGUGCUGAAAGUGGAUCCGAAACGAUUGUUGGCCAACAUCAAGCGCUUGCUCAUCGCCUCCAGCGGUGAUUCGAAACUAGACUACGACCUGUUAUUGGAACUAUUAAGCAAAUUGAUAGCGAUAAGCUCUUUUGAAGACAUUCUGACAGUCUUCUCCAUUGAAGAUCUUGCGACAUCAUUGAAUAGUGGGAUUCCUGCCCUGGUGAGAGCGGCCAACCAGGUAAUUUCGAGGUCUUAUCCCAAAGGUCUUUUUGCUAACUCGAAGAUAGUUGACAUAUUGCUGGACCUAUACUUCGAUGAAUCCCAAGAAAUCUCCAUUAUUAAUAGCAUUGAACGGUCAAUUUCAAACUUGUGCUCUGACGACCUGAUCAGAAGGCGACUUAUGAUUAACAAUUUCCCAAGACUGAUGGCCGUUAGGAAAAAGUAUAAACCGACAUCUAUGGCUAGAUUGCUGGAAAUUCUAAGCAGUCUCUGCAGCUACAUGGAUCACACCGAAUUCAGUGAAAAGCUUUUUGUCAUAAGACCAGAGGAAAUCUUACAAUCAUUAGAGAUAGAUAUUGUGAUGUUUAUUCACAUCCUGGUAUACUAUACAAAAGUUUUGGGAGAGGUUGAUGUCAUAGAAGUCGGUGGACCAUCACACAAUUGGCUUCUCAGAUAUGUUCGAAGUAUUGUUCCAACUUAUGGUCAAAUUUUUGCCCAACUUGAAGAGUACUCAGACGUGAAAUACUUUGCUAGGUCAUAUCUGUUCAACUUCUUUCGAAAACUCUCUUAUCUCGAAGAUAGCUCUAUUUUCAGGGAGCUGGACGAUACUUACAUCCACUUAUCGCCUGCAAGCACAUAUUUGACUGAUUUUUUGUCGUUCGUGAACCCAGCAUAUCUGUUUGAGUACCAUCCGACUUUGAUAACGAGAUUUUCAGAAUUGACACCUUCCAAGCUGGGGGUAAUAAGGAACCUUGUAGCUGACCCAGCUUGCUUUGCGAUGCUUAAAGAUCACUUCACUGCUGAAUCCAUCUUAGCAAUGCCAUAUAUGGAACAGAUGGUUUUGCUCCAACGAUUUUCCCAGUUUUCUCAUUCCUCAGAAUACCUUCUUCACGAGUUGCCUAAGGUUAUGUCGAAUCUAAUAUCUGCUGAGGACAGAAACAUAACGGAGUCUGAAACGGUCGCUUUGCGUCGCGAAUCCAUCGAAAAUCUCUUGAAAUAUGAGGACUCUGUUUGGCACAUCUCUUUGAAAAACGAAUUGAUCAAAAUUCAAGGCGGUAGGCCAAGGAGCGAGCUUCACGCCGAUAUUGCAUCCUCCUACAUCUAG